AUGAUUUUGAGUAGUUGGCUUGCAAAACAAUUAAAGACAUCAAAAGAUGAACUGCCAGAAUUUGUAAUUAAACAUCACAACUAUAGUUUCUUACAAAUGUUGCUUUUAAACUAUUUGCAUGAGCCUUGCUAUGGAAGCAACCUCAAAGGAAGAAUUUUAAUUCAAGAUGUUUCAGAAACACAUAUCAAAAGAUUUCAAUUAAAUGCUUAUUUGAUACACAAUUUAUGUUUUGCUAUCAGUCUCGGAGUUUAUUAUGAAUAA